CUCGCUGCCUCUCACACUCCCCUCCUUCUCUCCCUCUCUACCCUUUCCCCAUGCUGCUUGCUCUGAUCCCUCAUUCCACAACCAUGGCAACAACCUUCGACUACGACGACGCUCCGAGCAGACACGAUGAACUAACCGGUCUAGACGGUUACGACCCAAACUUCGUCCCGGACUCCGUCAAGUCCUUCGUAACACACUUAUACAGGCACAUAAGAGAAAAAAACGUUUACGAUAUUUACGAGAUGUACGAAACCUCUUUCCAGACACUUUCCGACCGUUUCUUCAAAGACAUCCCUUGGCCUUCAGUCGAUGCGGUCGCUAACUAUGUCGACAAUGAUCAUGUAUUUUGCUUGCUUUAUCGUGAGAUGUGGUUUAGGCACUUGUAUGCAAGACUUUCUCCUACGCUUAAGCAGCGGAUUGAUAGUUGGGAUAAUUAUUGCAGUCUUUUUCAGGUGGUGUUGCAUGGAGUGGUGAAUAUGCAAUUGCCGAAUCAGUGGUUAUGGGAUAUGGUGGAUGAGUUUGUUUAUCAGUUUCAGAGUUUUUGUCAGUAUAGAGCUAAGAUGAAGAACAAGACUGAGCAAGAGAUUGCCCUUUUGAGGCAAUUUGAUCAGGCUUGGAAUGUGUAUGGAGUGCUGAACUUCUUGCAAGCACUGGUGGAGAAGUCGAUGAUCAUUCAGAUACUAGAGCGGGAGAAGGAAGGUCUUGAACAAUUCAUGUUUUUGUAUGUGGAUGCUAUUCACGAAUUCAAUAAAAUUCUCCUGUACAUAUACAAGACCAAGCAGUAUCAUCAGAAAUCUCCACAGUAUGAGCAGAUAUUAAAGAAGAAUGAGCAGAUGUAUGCUUUGCUGGCAAUUUGUCUGUUUCUUUGCCCACAAGUGAAGCUCAUUGAUGAGACAGUCAACGUACAAUUAAGGGAGAAGUAUGGUGAAAAGAUGGCUAGAAUGCAAAGAUAUGACAACGAGGCAUUUGCUAUCUAUGAUGAGCUCUUCUCAUAUGCAUGCCCUAAGUUCAUCAGUCCCUCAGCUCCAAGUUUUGAAGAGCCUCUUGUAAACUACAACCAGGAUGCUUACAGACUGCAACUGAAAUUGUUUAUUUACGAAGUAAAACAGCAACAAUUGCUGUCAGGUGUUAGAACCUUCCUGAAAGUGUAUUCUGCUAUAUCUGUUGGGAAGCUUGCUAAUUACAUGGAAGUUGAUGAACCAACUCUAAGGACUAUCCUGAUGACAUACAAGCACAAGACUCAUGCUGUUGAUUCUGAGGGAAAGAUUAUAUCAAAUGCUGAUGUGGAUUUCUACAUUGAUGAUGACAUGAUUCACGUUGUUGACACCAAACCAGUGAGGCAAUAUGGUGAUUACUUUUUGCGGCAAAUUGUCAAGCUUGAAGGGGUGAUAAAUGAUAUGGAUAGGAUAAGGCUGGAAUGAGGCACAUAACUCGGAAUUUGACCUGCCAGAACUUGCAUCCAGUGACUUCAUUUUUUACUGGGAUUUUGUUACUAUGUUGGGCAUUUUUUAUGCCUUACCUAUUUUGAAUUUCUGAAUUAGUGCAUCUGUGUUAGCUCUGAACUGUAAUCUUCAGCACCUGCAUUUUGGGCCCAAAAAAGAAGAGAGAAAUCAGGUUGAAGGAUCCUUGUCGGCUUCACGUUGUCGCUAUGCGAUUCCCAUAGUCAUGAGAUAUAGAAGUGGCACUAUUUUUUGUA